GUCCGCGCCGAGUACUGCGAGCACGAGCGGGCCCUGCGCCGCGGCGACCCCUCAAGCCGUCCCCGGGGGCCGGGCCGGGCGCUGGACGUGUUCGGCCAGGCCUCGGGGGUGCUGAAAUCCCGGGAUCUGGGCUCCAUCCUGUGCGACAUCAAGUUCUCGGAGCUCUCCUACCUGGAGGCCUUCUGGGGCGAUUACCUGAGCGGGGCCCUGCUCGAGGCCCUCAAGGGCGUCUUCCUCACCGAGGGGCUGCGCCGCGCCGUGGGCCGCGAGGACGUGCGGCUGCUGGUCAGCGUCGACCAGGACGACUACGAGCAGGGCAGGAGGCUCCUCCUCAGGGCGGGGCAGGGCGGGGCGCCGGGCGGGGCGCGGGCGGAGCGCCGGGCGGGGCGGGGCCGCCGUGGGGCUCUGGCCGCCCGCGCCCGCCGCCGCUGCGGAGCCGCACGGGGCGGGAAAUGGCCGCCCGGGCCCGGUCGCCUCAUCUCCACGGCCCGGCUGUUUGCGGCGGGGUUGGGCCAGAGGCGCUGCGGUUCGGGCCAGUGCCGCCCUGUGAGGGCCCGCGGUGGGUGCGGGACCGCCCGGCGGGGAUGGGGUGGCCACCUUGGCCGCAGGAGCGUGGGGCACCCUUCCUUCGGGCACAGCCGGGUCUCCCGUCACGGGUUCGCUUCGUCCUGGCCCCCGCUAGCGCGGCGCUGCUCUUUGGGGUGA